AUGGCACCACAGCCUCUCGUAAAUCGCAUUGGUACACUUGUUCAGCACCCUCAAUUCACUUGGUGGUGCGGUCAUUGUAUCGUAUUUUUUUGUUUCGUUAUUCAUUUAUACUACUGGAUCACUUUUCGUGCUAGUGAAGGUGCAAGCUUUUAUUACACUGCCUAUUUGGGUGCCAUGUUGAGUUAUGGUGUCGUGAUUUACAAAUCAUUUGGUACACCAGCACCAACCUGGGAAUACUUUCAAAAGGUUAACAGAGACGAAAAUGUAUUUUAUCUUGUGCUGGCAUGCGUAUGGUUUAUGAAUGCGCCAGUAUUUGCAAAUAACAGUAUUCAUCCUUACAUCGCAAAUUUGUAUCGACAAGCCAAAUCUGCAGUUAUUUGGGCUGGUCAGUUUCAACCACAAUCUGGCCGGUUUAAUCCACAGACUUCAAAUUCACGUUUUCAGUCGCGAGGAAACACGCACUAA